GGUCUGAGCUGAUCUCAACCAGUUUUGUCUAUAAUUUUGUAUUUUAGACAUAUACAACUUUUAUUCAAAGUACCAAUUGUCCACCCAGUGCUAAUUUAAGUGGAUAUGCAAAGAAAAGAGUUGGAUGGUUUUUACUGUUUGAGACUCUUAUUAAUCUGUGCUGGUAGCUCAGCAGCAGCUACCAGCACAACCAGGCCAGGGCCUCAGUAGCAGCAGCAGCAGCUACCACCAUCAGGACAGGCCAGCUGUUGUAUGCAUUUGCACUAGAGAGCAGCAUCUAGAUCUGCUAACACCACCAGGCCCAGGAUACCAGCAGCUUCUACGCCUCCAGCAGCUCCAGCCUGUUCCACCAGAUCAGGCCAGCUCCAGGCUUCAGCAGAGGCCCAGCAGCUAUCAUCAAGCCGGCUCCAGUCUUCAGCAGAGGCCCAGCAGCUAUCAUCAGGCCGGCUCCAGGCUUCAACAGAGGCCUAGCAGCUAUCAUUAACAAUGGCCACCAAAAGAGACAUGGAAGAACUAAAGAGAUCCAAUGAGGAGCUACGGAAAUCAGUGGAGUUUAUGGCACACCAAAUGGAAGCAAUGACAAGCACAGAUGAGUCCAGCUUUGUGAGACGGCUGCGGUCAGCCCGGCGUGACGGAUGUCCGAGACAGCUCCAUGGGCCAGAAGAAUCAUGAGGAGGCAGAAGCAGGACAUAUCCUCGACCUGGGGCUUGAGUAUCUCCAUGUAGUAGGUGCUGAGCGGCAGGCUGGCAUCACCGACGGGCCUCCUGCCAUGGAGGAGCAGGAGGACAUCGACCUCAGCACCACCUCUACCCCCCAGGAAAGUUCUGAGGCAGAGGGUGGGCCACAGGUGUCUUACGGUCCUGCGCUGACUGGCAGCCUCAACCCAAACGGGGACGAGAGCUGCUUGACACACGGUAAGAGCCUCCACCAGCCGCUGUGUCGCACACAGUGUGUGGACUUGGGCACCGAAGGGCCUCCCGAGCCACCGACCCAACUUCAGCCAUCAGAGCUCGAGCAAGAUCUCAAGAUCCCUCAACUCCAGCAUGCUCCUGAGCCCCAGUCCAACCCCUCUGCAUCCGAACCUGCCCCUACCGCUGCCGACAAGGAGUAUCGAGCCAAACUGGAUUUUGCGCUCAAGCUGGGCUACUCCGAGGAGAUGGUGCGGCUGGUCCUGUCCAAGCUGGGGCCGCAUACUCUCAUUAACGACAUACUCGGGGAGCUGGUCAAACGAGGCCCUUCAGAUGGCGAGCAACCAGUUGGGUCGUCGGCCUCCACCUCAACAUCUUCGUCGUCCUGUUCCUCUUACAGUUCCUCCGAUUUGCAGACAAAUCAGCGAUUGGACUCGCCAUGUCCGCCAGAGUCUCUUUGCGACCAGGAAAACCUGCGACCCAUCGUUGUGGACGGUAGUAACGUAGCCAUGAGCCACGGCAACAAGGAGGUGUUCUCCUGCCAAGGCAUCCAACUGGCUGUUGACUGGUUUUUAGAACGUGGCCACCACGAUGUUACAGUUUUUGUUCCAGCAUGGAGAAAGGAGCAGUCCCGGCCAGAUGCCCCGAUAACAGAUCAGGAGAUCUUGCGGCGCCUGGAGAAGGAAAAGAUCCUCGUGUUCACGCCUUCGCGCCGCGUCCAAGGUCGACGCGUGGUCUGUUAUGACGACCGCUUCAUCGUCAAGCUCGCUUACGAGUCGGACGGCAUCAUCGUAUCCAACGACAACUACAGAGACCUCGCCAACGAGAAACCCGAAUGGAAGAAGUUCAUCGACGAGCGACUGCUCAUGUACUCCUUUGUCAAUGACAAAUUCAUGCCCCCAGACGACCCCCUGGGGCGCCAUGGUCCCAGCUUGGACAAUUUCUUGCGGAAAAGAGCCGUGGUGCUGGAGCAGAAGAAGCAGCCUUGCCCGUAUGGUAAAAAGUGCACAUACGGACACAAGUGUAAGUACUACCACCCAGAGAGAGGCGCUCAGCCGCAGCGCGCCGUAGCUGACGAGCUGCGAGCCAGUGCCAAGACGUGCGUCUCCACCAAGAACCAGGGAGACGCGGGGUUAGUGAAGAGCCACAGCGUGCCGGCUGGUAGCAUCGAGGCGAAGAAAGGCGUGGCAAAACGGCAGUCGGACCCCGGCGUGCGAGCUCUGUCGUACAGCGACGCGGAGGAGAAGUUGUCCGCAAAGGGGAGGACUGAUAGUCAGAAGACCAACGUGUGCGCUGGUGGUAAUCGCGGCGGUACUGCGAGCGCGUCCCCAGCCCCAGGAGGCCAGGAUGAACAGUCCCGAGCAAGCACUCCUCACUGUGUCGCCCCAGCCCCCAGUCACGACCUUUACCUCCACUGCGAGUCCCCAGACCUCAACUACUACUCGGUCGCGCGUGCUUACAGCGGCCUGCGCAUCUCAACCAGACGGAGCCCGGAAGCCCGCUUCCCCAUCGACGGCGACCUGCGUUUGGGCUCCAUGGGGUCUGCCGGCUCGGAAUGCGGCAGCGAAAGCAGCGCAAGUUGCGGCAGCAGUUGCGACUCGUACGGCGAGCGGCCGUGUCACACCUGCCCCCAGGACGCCUUGGCGGACGACGGCGGCCAUUACGCCAGUCCCCAUCGCCGGUCAUAUUUCCGUCAGAUCGCAUCAAGCCACGAACUUUGCAGCUUUCAUUUAAACGAUUACGCAAAUGUCCCACACGGUCACGUGACUAACACCCACUGCUACCACAGCGGAGCAGCACGGGGUCAAAGCUGGACUCACGAUCAGGCGUCCGACGCUGGACCAAAGCGGCCACUCUACCCGUUACCGCUUCAUUUCCAGCACCAGCCGCUCGCCGCACGCUCCAGCUGCCCGGGCGACUACCACACAGUGACGCCUCCCAACCCUCCCGGCUCUCCCAUUGGUCGCUGCCUGGCUCCCACCAGAGCGGGGAGUGCAUCAGACUCUCAUCUGUACGAGCAUCCGUACGCAUCCCACCAUCUAAAGACUCUGCCCACCUGGGAUGCGUAUUACGGCGAGCCGCCACCGCCGCCACCUCGGUAUGCGCCGGGUGCCUAUCAGAGCUUGCCGGACACCUGCCAGGCGUCAUGGCACUCACCUCACUGGGCACAAGACGGCUACACGCCACCGCACUCGUCUCAUCCCGUGCACUAUUUAAGCCACCCGCCCCACCUCGCACAAUCGCCACACCCCGAGUCGCCCGCACACGGCCGCUACGGGGACGCCAGGGAGAAAGCGUACACCAACCUGUGCAACAUCUUCCCCUCGGAGCUGGUGAGCCGGGUGAUGGCGAGGAACCCCCACGUCACGGACCCCCAGCAGCUUGCCGCCGCAAUCUUGGCGGAGAAAGCUCAGACGGGCUACUAAGGCGUUGCCAUUUUGUCAGCGUGUUGCGUGCUGUAUCACGUGUAAGUUGCAGACUAAAAUUGUGUCUUUGUUGUUGAGCUCUUUUGUCAACUGAUGACAUCUCCUUGGCCCAAAUAGUCGCCGUGGAGAUUGGCUACCCUGUGGUGUGUACCUUAGUUUUAGUAAGGGACAUCUUUCUCUUUGUAGCCUGCUGAGAAACCAGCGUCCUGGACAUUGGUUCUCAGCAGGAUAUAUACAUACUGUAUACAUAUUUACAUACACACACACACACUUGUUUCUGUUGGGUCGGCUGCAAUGUGCUACAGACGGAAUGUCUCAGUGUACGUGGUGUAAAUAUAUUUAAUUGCUCUGGGCUGUAGCGCCUUCCAGACCGAUGCACCAUGAGCCCUAGUUGAUACAAAUUGUAUCAGGAAGUGAGUCGCUGACGUCAUACAGUAUGUUGACUUGUCACUCCAUGUGUAUCCCACACUCUCCAUGUAGUAAAGUUCCAGGUCAUGAGCUGUUUGCGGGUAUACUAUCGCAGUUGUGGGUCUACUUUGUGUAGGGAGGAUAACUGCGUUGGGCGUUUGGGUCGGAGGUUUCUUUUCUGCGGCGUCUCUGCCGAUGGGGACGUUUAUUAUCAGGCAAGAAAUAUGAAGCUGCUUUUCUUGCAGCGUGUUGGAUAAGAUACUGCGGAAAAGAAGCUAUUCCCCCCCCCCAAAAAAUGUGUGUAACAAAGAAGCGCCUUCGCUCGCGCCUGCUGGCACCGUGUGUCAGCGUGGCCCGCGAGCGUGGGCCCAAAGUAAUGCCACUACUAUGGCAUCGUGCUUACGACACAUCCAAUACUCUGAACUAUGUUCAGCUAACCGUUGUGCAUGUUUCCGCGCCUUUUUAUUUUUGCACGCGUGUAUCGCAGCUAGGCCUGGGCGACGUUAUCGAUAAAUUUGAGUUUUCUGUUCCAUUUAAAAAAAAUUUAAAUCAAUGUUUUUUUGCCCCCAGAAGCUAGCAAAACAUGGCUUAUGCUAACGCAAACAAGAGUGAGACAUUUGUUUCAAAGAAAAGAAAAGUGUCGUCAGUGGUUUAGAUUUGCGGCAACAGGUGUGGAACAAAUAACUGCACGCUGCAAAGUUUUUUUUAAAAACGCUUUAAAAAAAGACUUAUUACAGCAUCUGAAACGGAAGUAUCCAGCCGAGUACGGGAAAUGCAACUCUUAACGAGGCGAACAAGAACAUAAAGAAACUCCCGCUAAAAUGCAGCUUCCUGUGGUGGUUAAAAGGACACAAUGUAAAACGUUCACGAAAGCGGUCGCUAUAAAGUUGUGCCUGUUUUUAUCCACCCGUUAAAAUUAUAGAGACCUCCCAAUGCUACAUUUUUAUUUUAACAAGUAUUUCAUUCAAGACAGAAGAUUUGAAUUUGUAAUUUAUCAAUGUCAAAUGUUGAAAGUUAAUUUAUGCAAUGAUGUGCUCCAUUUGUAUUUACGUAAUUAUUUCAUUUAAUACAGAAGUUUCGCCUCCUAUAGGAAGCUCUAUAUUCAAUAACAAUGCAUAUUAAUCAACAUAUAAGCAAAGCAUUACAGUAAAUAUGCCAGAAUUAUUUAUAAUAGCUCAUUGCAUCUGUUUAGUUUUGUGAAAAAUAAUUUCUACAAAAUCCAAUUCAUAUUCAACAGUUCUAAAAAGAACCCACUUUAUUAAAAAAACAAAAACAUGUUUGCUAAGGCGAAGAUGUAGCGCCAUUCCAAACUAUUAAUUCUUAUCAAAUAAAAACAAAAGUUGUUUUUGAAUGAUCUCUGUCAUUUGUAUUUAUUGGUUCCUUUAAGAACUGGCGAAAACAAUUAAAUGGGUUAUACUUGUAUAGCGCUUUUCUACCUUCAAGAUUAAGAUUAAAGAUUAAAGUACCAAUGAUUGUCACACACACACUAGAUGUGGUGAAAUUUGUCCUCUGCAUUUGACCCAUCCCCUUGGGGAGCAGUGGGCAGCAGCGGCGCCGCGCCCGGGAAUCAUUUUGGUGAUUUAACCCCCAACUCCAACCCUUUGUUGCUGAGUGCCAAGCAGGAAGGUUAUGGGUCCCAUUUUUAUAGUCUUUGGUAUGACUCGGCUGGGAUUUGAACUCCAACCUAAGGUACUCAAAGCGCUUUGACAGUAUUUCCACAUUCACACACACAUUCACACACUGAUGGCGGGAGCUGCCAUGCAAGGCGCUAACCAGCAGCCAUCAGAGGCAAAGGGUGAAGUGUCUUGCCCAAGGACACAACAGACGUGACUUGGAAGGUAGAAGGUGGGAAAUUGUAAAAGAUCGUGAAUCUAACUUUUGGUGAAAAAAUUGGCGAUUUUAUGUUUAGGCCGUAUCGCCCAGGCCUAAUUGCAGCAUUGAAAGUUCACUCCGACAACUCUAAUAAUGAUUUUUUUACUAUUGCAACUGUAACUGUGAUUGUUCAUUA